AUAAUAUUAAACUACCGUACAUAGUUAUUUUUACUUGACAUUGGCAAAAUCAUUGAUUAUUUCGAUGGAGCCAUAACAUUUAACAGAAGCAGAGAAACCUCGGUCGUUUUCAACCGUAGAGAGAGAAAUCUAUGUUUACUUACAACCUUUCCAUCCCUAAGUUUUCAACGCAACAAAAUGUAUAGAAAAUGAAAAAAUUGCAUUAAUUUUAGGUUCUUUUACAAGUCUCACAAUAAAAAUGUUCGUUUUGUAUAGCUUGAGAAGACUUAAACUUAAUUAGAAAACUAACUUUAUUUUUAAUAGGUACUUAAUUUUUUUGGCUGACGAGAUGAAAGAAACGCGUAAAAACUGACGAGUAAACAAAUAUGAAACAAUUCGAGCUGCUCAUGAGUACGAUUGGUCUCACAUGAUUUACUAAAUAAUGAAACCCGAAGCAUUUAGAACCGAAAUGACUUCUGCUAUUCUGGUGACGGGUGGUGCGGGCUACGUGGGUUCACACACGGUGAUAUCUCUCCUAGAGCGAUCAAGCAACCCAUUUGAUAUCGUCGUUGUUGAUAACCUUACCAAUGCCUACAAGGAAAAAGGCGCGAAGAAGCCAGAAUCGUUGAGGAUUAUAGAAGAAUUGACAGACAGAAAGAUACAUUUUUACGAUGCGGACAUCCGGGACGCCCGGGCACUUGGCCAGAUUUUUGAAAAUCACAAUAUCGAAAGCGUGAUUCACUUCGCGGCUCUAAAAGCUGUCGGCGAAUCCGUGCAGAAACCUUUGGAAUACUACCAAGUUAAUAUUUCUGGGACUUGCACGCUGUUUGAGGUUAUGCGAAAAUAUGGAGUGUAUAAACUGGUCUACAGCUCGUCGUGUACCGUGUAUGGCGAGCCUGACAGACUGCCGUUAGAUGAGAAUCACCCUACGGGACGCGGUAUGACCAGUCCUUAUGGGAAGUCCAAAUACUUCUGUGAAGAAAUUAUGAAGGAUCUGUGCACUAGUGACAAGUUUACAACUCUAGGUACAGGUACGGGCUACUCAGUCCUCCAAAUGGUGGCAGCAUUCGAAGCGGCCAGCGGUCGCAAAAUUCCAUAUAAAAUUGUGCCUCGACGCGAAGGAGACAUAGCUGCCAAUUAUGCUGACGUCUCGCUCUCGCACAAGCUUUUGGGUUGGCGUGCAACAAGGACACUUGAAGAUAUGUGCGCUGAUACUUGGAGGUGGCAGAGUAAUAAUCCCAACGGAUUUAAGAAGUGAGGUUUUUUGGGAUUAUUAGUCUAUUCAAGUUAGCGACUUGGUAUAGGAUCUUCUCUUUCGCACUUCUUCAUAAAAUAUCGAGGACAUAAGAUGGAGGCACAAGGUCAAGUGAGCGUUAAAAUAGUAAGGGCUCGUGCAUGAAGGUGUUUAAUAAAUAAAACAAAAAUACUUUAUUUAUAAAUUACUAUAAUUUUUUUUAACAAUCUCACUUUUUACGUCCGUCUUUGUCUUAAAUCGAGUCACAGAAUAAGAAGGUAUCAGUCCAUUAAGACAGCCAAAGUCGCAGGUAAAGAGUCGCAGAUAGGUAGCAAACAGAAAACACACAGAUGUGUAAACCGACUAAUUUGCCUGCCAUUAUGAAUGCGGCUUUUGUGACUUAUCUCUAACCAAUCACAUGCGCCUGUGUUUUCUCAGUGCUAGGUCGCUAACUUGAAUAGACUAUAGGACCAAUAUGGAUUGUGUUCAGUUCAGGUUUAUUGAACAAUACAAUUAUGAUAUGGGUCAUUUUGGGGUAACGAUGGAUCAAAGAGGACUAAAAAAAACGUAAAGCGAAGAUUUGACUAUAAGAUUCAAUUAUUAUUCAAAGUGUAGGCUUUGAGUCACUUUUCAUAAUCCCGGCGUAAAGUAGUUACCAUUAGAAAAAAAUCGGAGAUUUUGGUGCCAGUCUUGAUAUUUGAUAUUCUUGCUGUCAUUAAAAUAAACUGCUGCUUCAAAGUUACCGACAAAUCAGAAGUGGAUUAAAAAGAAAUCCUAAGUUCUAUUUGUACUGUCAGGAGUGGUUAUGGUGUUCUACAUAUCGCUUCGGGGGCAGUAAUGUCUGGCUCUUGGAAGAAGAAAUUCUUAUAAAAACCUCAUUUGAUUCAACAUAAACCGAAAUGAUCCAAUUCGCAAUCGAUCACGAUCCAUAAUGAACCAAUCAUCAUAUUACAGAUUUGAUCAUUGAUCUUUUUUAUAGAGAAUUAAGUAGAUUUUGGCGGGAGAUAGUAAAUAAUGUAAAAUAAUUUGGUGCCAUUGCUACAGCUCGAUGUAUCUUAUUACCAAAUAUUAACCAAAAAGAAAAAAUACAACUUUGUUCCUAUUAAGUUGCCAUCUUAUAGUGAUAUAUUAUUUUAAUCUUGUCAAAUAUUUAGAAAUAGCAAAUCAUUUAUUUAUUGAUAUUUUUCUACGUUUUUACGUUUAUUUUAACGUAAACUAUAUUAUUAUUACACCAAUAGAACGGUAUGUACAGAAAACACGUAUCUAGUAAUUUUCCAAAAAUUAAAGUAGGUAUUAACGUAAUCUAAAUUCGGCAUUCCGUUUUUUUUUCAAAAACAGUUGAUAUUGCUAGUAAAUGCAAAGCUGCGGAAUAAUAGAACUAGCCACCGACCAAUAUAGUAGUGUAUAAAACGACUAAGUUAUUAAAACUAGUUGAGUGAUCUACAUUUUUUUUGUGAAUAUCUAGAGAAUAUAGGAAAUGAAGCUAUUUCGGAUCUAGAUCACAUAUUUUUGUUUUGGUUUUUCCGUGGUCACGUUUAGCAAAAUAAAUUUGACCACGGAGCUCACGUUUAAAAAUUGGUUAUGCUUAAAAAAAAAGUAUACGCGAUUUGGAUACAAAAAUAAAAUAGUUUCAUUUCCAUCGUGUGGCAAUCGUAAAAACCGAAAAACUCGAUACAAGAGAAUAGUUUCAAAAACAAAGACGCAAAUAACUAAUAACUUACCUUGCGCAUGAAAGAAAGCAAUAAAAUUCUGCAUAACGCGGUCAUACUUGUAUUCUCCUUCCCUUUUUGUGGCGGUGUCCUGUUUUGACAGUACUAUGAUAAAUUAACAAAAAAAAGUUGACGUGAUGAUUUUUUUUUACAGUUGAAUAACAGUUUUUAACUACAUGGUUCGGUACUGUACCAAUAGAUGGCGCAUCUAAAUUUUUUUUUUUUUUUUUAUAAACGCACACACUCAACUUAGCCCCGCACUAGGGAAACCCUGUGCCGCGGGUGCCAUGGACACAUACAUAGACAACCACAAAUUACACCCA